UGAUGUUUUUCUGCAUAAAAGAAAUAUUGGAUUCAUGGUGUAAACGAGUCUCGCUUUCGCGAGUGUCUCGUCUAACACUGAAUGUAAAUUAGACUUAGGCUUUUAAACUGAGUUGUGCGACGUGCUAAUUUCACAAUGCCCGAGUAAACCAUCACGAGAUUAAAGAUAGCAGAGGCUAAGCACACAACUCAUUAGAUCAUCAACCUACAAUUGUUUAGUCGAAUUCCGCGCCAUAUUGUCAUUGGUGAAAACAGGGAUUAUCAAACAGAGGCGGAAACAUACUUUCCAGGGGUAGGUUUACAACAAGAAACUGUGCGACGCAUAAGAAUGAUUAAAUUAAAUCAAAUAGCUUAAAUUAUUCUCAAAGAUUAUUUUUAUUUAGUGCUUAUUAUUAGAGUAUUUCUGUUUAAGUCAGUUUAAUGAAAAAUAUAAAUGUUAAACGGAAGAACAAAUUGUUUCUGUCCAUGUACCCCUAAAGUUUAGACUUGUGUCCUUGUUCCAGUCUCCACGCGGUUGUCACUGGCUUUAGCGCGUGUUGCAGAACAAGAAAACAGAAUAUAAUUCCGUUUCGCUGCAGGAAACUAGUGUUGGGCUUUCAAGUCAAGCGCCCUCGUAGCACGGAAAAUGGAGGUUCUUUCUCCUCAAAAUCAAUCUUCAGAUGGUAAGUUUUAUCUCUGUUUGUUAGGGUACCGUAAUUAGUUUGUGGAGUCUCUGUGGGUUAAUUUAAAUAGCGGUCGCGCGACAAGCGUGAAACCUUCGAGCUUUCAUUUUUGCUAUGACACCACUUCAUUCCCAAGCGCAUUUUUGACACGACUGAAUCCGCGUCUUUUGUUGUUUACUUUAAUUUCGCAUCUGUCAUUGAUGAUUUUUAAAUCUUCUUGCUUAAACGAGCGGCAAGUUUUGCCACAAAAAUUAUACGGUACUUCACUUGAACGCCACGGCUGCGAAACCGGAGAGGCGAGAGUGGUUUUCUCGAACGUAAAUAAUUCAUUCUAAACUUUACCGAGCUGUUUAGGUUACAUUAUCGAUAGAAUUCUUGUUUAAGUGACUAUUCUUAUGACUUAUUCUAUUAUUUCUACGGUGUCAAGAAUUCAUGUACUUCGUGUAGGGGUAAUCGAGAAAUCGACCCUCUUCUCAUAAACGGGAAAUUUUAUGUGCGUGGAAUGUCUCGACCUAUUUCCCGCUGCCCUUACAAAACUUGCACUUAUAAUAAUCCAAUAUUAGUGACAGCGGAUGGUUUGUUUUAAGAGGGGCUAGUAAACAAAGCCAUUUAGCAAAAAUAUCCAAAAUUACUUUCCUUAGACAUUGUUUAAAACCACCGAACAAAACAAUACGAAAGCGAAUUACGCGAGGCGAAAUUUCAUUUUGGUCCAUGCUCGUUUUAAUCCCCUUCAAUGUUUGCUCGUGGCUUUUCAGCUUAAGUUGUUUGAGAAUAAACAGGAUGAGGAGGAGUUUGCAUGGCAGUGGCCUCAGGAAAUUUAUAAUUUCUCUGUUUUCCUAUCGGAGUGUUUGUUUUCGUUAGCGUAGAAGUUUUUCUUCAGUUUUAAAUGCGUGAUGAUAGAUGUUAAUUUGCUAUUCGUUGGCUGAGGACGGAACCUGCACUUUAGAAUCUCGGCGGGUGUUCCAUUAAGCUUCGUUCGGAUUUGAAACAGUUUCUAUCGCUCGCUCUCUAAAUUCGACUUUUUCUGUCUUCGAACAAGCGAUUGACAAGAUCGUUUAGCAUCUGGUGUGCAAUAACCUUUCGUGUUGGUUCAAGUCCCAAGGGAGCAACGUCUCUAUUUUUUUGACAAAGGUCACCAUAUUGCCUAAUAACUUCCAGAAAUGUGUCCUUAUUGUUUGGUUCGAACAAGACUUACUGAUCUUGAAUUAUGCAAAGCCGUUCUUUUGUCUUGCUAAAUUUGUUUACUGUGUUUAAGAAGGCUCAAGUAAUAGUUUGUACUCGACUCAAAUACCGUGGACUAUGCAAGGAAUGUCAAAUCUACUGUACUAACACAAAGAUCUGUGAACCUUUCGUCAUAAACAAAAUGCUAAUGCAAAGAGUGUAAUGUACCGACUGUUAUCAAAACAAGAUCUUAUCAGUUAAGCUUAUAUGAUUCCAUAAAUCGUUUCUCAUAUAAAAUCUGCUUAAAAUUUUAGUGGAAAAAGCCUACAUAGUUAACUUGUUUUUAGCCAUAGGGGUAAAUGUCCACCUGUAACCUCAAAAUUAACCAAUGUAUAUUAACUUAAUUCUGCCUAUCGUUUCUGCAAAAUUUCAUUAUACUUUGUUUUGAAUAUCUCGAAUUAGAUAUUAUAAAAAGACAGAGGAUAAAAUAAUAUAUUUUUCUUUUUUUAUGCGCUGGAAAUAUUCUUAUUUACUUUUCUUAGCAUGCAGUAGGCUGUAAUUUUAGCUAGCUCUCCCUUACCCCCUAUGAUAGAAAGACAUUAAUUCAGGCUAAGUGUUUGACCACGAGAAAUGUUUUAAUUUCUUACUUAAAAUGACGGUUCCUUUUAGUUCCACACUCAAUGUCAUUUACUUUUCAUGAAUUGCCUCAUAAAUGUAAGUUGUGAUUUUUUAUUUCAAUUAUUUUUAUGGCCGCCUUCUCGCCAUCCUGUAAUAAAUUCAAUAUGCAUACAGAGACGUAAAAGAAAAAUGAAAUGAUGAAAACGUGAGUGAAAAACAGAAACUGAUUUCGUUGAGCUAUCAGGCUGUCAGUGUUCACAUUGUUAUAACCACAACCAAGUAGCUUUCACAGUUGUAUCCCAUCGCUUCAUUUUCAGCCCUAUUGAUUCCAGUAGAAAAAAGCAAUGUCCUAGUCCUGCGAGACAAUAGCUCUAUAUUAAGGAAUUCAUAUACAUCUUUAAUGAUCUGUAUACAGCAAUGGUCUCGUUGCCCACCGUGAGAGAAAACCCUACAGCAAUGUAUUAACAUAUUUCCAUGCAUGGAAAAUUCUUUUAUCUUAAAAUUACUUUUUUUUAAGUUCGGAAUACCGUGGGAAAAUACAACAGUAUUUUCUGUAUAUGAUUAUUUCAUGGCCAUUAUUGUCGUCAAGGUCACUGUUAGACCUUGGCAGACAUGUAUAAGUUCAUGCUCCUACCCUGAAGUGAAGUUUUUAUUUUGAUGGUGGGUUGAUGUUUAUUCAGAUGGAUUUAAUUUUUGAAUCCUUUAUUUUCAAGAACUUUUUACCUAAAUUGCAGCUGCUGUCAAUUACUUCCUGUUUACCUUCAUCUGAGGCUACUUACUUAUUUCUAAGCCAAAGGCAAAAAACAUCAAGAUCUCUCCUCAUAAAUAACUUGUAUGCAUUUUUUAUGAUGUGUGAAAUAUUAUAAUGGUUUGCUGACACCAAGGGAGACAAUACUUUCCAGCAUUUUUAUUAAAAUUUCUUUUAACACUUAGAGGUACUUGAAUUACCAGUCAUUUAUUAUGAGGGAAAAGCAAGUUUUUCUAGCUAUAUAAGCCUAAAUUUGGCAGAGUUGUCUACUUGCUUGUUAGCUAGUUAGUGUGUUGUUAAUGAUAUGGAGGUGUUUUGGGUUGUGGGGAACCUGUUCGCAGUGUUUUUUCUUUGCUAUGAGACUGUUUCCAAUGGAGCCCGUGAUGUGAGUGCUACCAGUCAUUGUCAAGGCCACUGUUAAGUCUUUGAGUGAAUGCAGCAGUUUCAAAAGAUGAAAAGAACGCUGUUUAUAUAUGCUCCCAAAGAGAGUGGUUUAUCCAUUCCAGAAUUUAAUCCAAUUAGCAUUGGCAAAUCAUAAUGCUGGAAUGAAAAAUGUUUUCUUCUGUGUGACUUAUUUAUAGCGGUUGAUGUGGGAAAGUUGAGUGAAUACAUGUACACUGCACUUUUUUAGUGUUGAACAAUUGGUAAUUGAACUUAUGAAAAUUAAAUAAAAUGGAGCUCUUGGAAUACUGUCUAUUUUUAAAGAUUCUGCUGUUGGAAAAUGCUUGGAUUGUCUUGUUGGUUCUAGGAUUUGAUUUUUUUACCCUGAAGACUGAUGGAAAAAUUCAAAACUAGUUUUAUUCAACGUUAAUUUAUUAUGAGGCAAAGAUUUGGAAUGUCUGGAAUACAAUUCUCGUUCUGAAAAAUAAUGAAAUAACAAUAUGUAAAUUAGUAUUGUUAUUGGUUUUAGACUGGCAUUCUUCUUCCUUGGAUGAGUCCUGGGAUUCACGUCUCCCGACACCUUUAGCUUUAGACUUUUCUGCAGAGGAGGAAGAUUUUGCCCCAUACACAAAUGGAGGAAGUGAAGAUUUGUACAUAAACAAUGGCUACACAGGUUGGUUUCUAACCCCACUUGUCUACAAUGCAUAUAAUAUAAGAUCAUUAUACGUUUCUGGGAAACUACCCACCUACCCCUCCCCUAAGCCAACAAUAACACUUACUUCUCACUUAGGGCAAAAUAUUGGCUUAGGGGAGGGGUAGGUGGGCAGACUCCCAGAAACGUAUAACGAUCCAAAUCGGAUCCCCAAUGAUACUGUACUACUGGUAAGUUUAUUAUUAACCCUUUCACUGCCAAAUGUGUGCACUGCACCCCUGUACAGACUAUACGUGUAUCUGAAUGCUCAGAAUGGCUUCUCUACCCUGUUAUCUAUUUUUACUGUUUUGGCAUGGAUAAUUAAAAACAUGAAGUAAAUACGCCAUGUGUUUUUCUUUGUCCUUCCACUCUCUACAAUCUGUUAUCAAAGUUUUUUAAAACUGUUUUGCAUUCCACUUCCACUUCACUGCUCUCCUUUAACUGAAUACUUGGAACACCUCGGCUAUUUUGCCAUCAGCUCUUUUAAUAACUUAAACAGUAAUAAAUUAAUAAUUUAUAAACAUAAAAAUAACAUUUUGUAAAUUUACUUUUCUGUGCAUUCUUCAUGGCUUGUAGAAAAGGAAAUGAAAACCAAGGCAAAAGAAAAUUUUACACUUUUGCUUCUCAGUUGAACACACAGAUUAAAUGUAAUCAAGGUUGUGAUCAUGGAGCACCUGUUGUACCGUGUUUUGCAGAUUCUCCCGUUAGUCCAGCGUCUCCAGCAAGUAAUCAUGAGUUGCAGACAGAAUACCUCAAGAUGGCUCGAAAAGGUGGAGGACAUUCAGGUAUUAUAAUGCUGUCGUCACUGAGUUGUGAAGGUCCUGGUUGGAAAAAAUAAACUACCAGAAAAAAUAAAAUUAGCUAGUUGGCAAAAAUCAGCUGGCCAGGGAAAAUAAAAUAACCUAGUUAGAAAAAAAAAUCAACUAGGAAAAUGAAGUAACCUAGUUAGAAAAAAAUAAACUAGGGCGAAAUUAAAAUUAACUGAAAACAAAAAUUAUCUGCAACAUAAACAUAAUUCCAAUAAUUGGAAUUGUGUUUAUGUUGCAGAUAAUUUUUAUAAUUAUUAUAAAUUGUGUCCAAAACUUAGUAUGGGGUUUUUGCUAAGCUAUACAGCUGCGACACAUUAAUAAAGGUUUCUCUCUAUUUAUCAGAUCUGUCUAGCUCCUCUGUUUAUAAGCCCUCGAUCCUUAGACCCCUUACAAAAAUGUUUAUGUCCAGGGUUUAUGAGUGGCAGUUCAUGGUACAUGUAUUUUAGGAAAAUCCAAACCACUGGGGUCUUUGCAGCAGGACCAGCUGGUUGGCUAAGAGCAUUAUGAUGCUUAGCCUCUGACAAGUAUUGGCCUGUUAUUUAAAGGUGCUUUCCAUUUGUCAGAACUGACCUGCCAGGCCAUUCCUAUCGUUAUGACAUUUUCACUUUUAAUCAAAACUUAAACCAUCCCGACCAGUCAAAUCAUAAAUAUUAUGCACAAAGGAGAUGGUUUUUCAGCAAAACCUCUUGGAGAAAGCCUAUUUCAUUGCCAAAAUGUCUUGUCCGGCCAUGGUUCGACUGGCCAGUUUUGACGUUUGGAAAGUGUCAUAAGAGGUCUUGAAUUAAAAAGCCUUAAGUUUAAAGACGUAAUUACUGAAUUUUUUUCAAUUGUUCAGAUCUGUUGAAAAUUGAACCCAACACACCUGCUACUGAGCCUGUGAAAUAUGACAAAAAGGAUGGGCAGUGGUAUACUCACAAUGGAGUUGAUGUGCAAGAUACACAACAAAGAAAAGGUACCCGCAAGUCUGUUGUUACAUUUUUGGCAAGCUUCCAGUUCACAGCAGCUGUAACAUCAAAAUCCAAAUUCUUCUCUUGUUGUUUUGUCUAAAAGAAGGAAGGUUGGCCGAGUGGUCAGAGUGCUGGACGUGUAAUUCAGAGGCCCUUGAAGUUCAUGCCCCACCCUAUCUGCUAUCUAGAUUUGUUCUCGGUAGUCCUGAGUGCAAAUCUUUGGCCAUGCUUGUCAAAGAACCAACUGGUUUGCCUCCUCCCAGUUGGGAUUCUUAACCAUGUUAUGUUCCAUUUAAAUUAUUUGUUUCAUAGUACUGAAUACUUAAAGUUAGAGGUGAGGAUUAAGCUGGGGGGGGUACUCGCCUAUAAAAGUGACGGGGGAGCUCGUCGGAAAAUUUCAAAAACAUCUCUGAAAAGUACCAGAAUCUUGUUUUAUGGGCGUGUCGCAAAUUUAUUUCCAACCCUGAGAGGUACCGCAAAUUUUACUGCUAAUUAUACUGCAAAUUUUAAUAGUGAUAAUGAUAACGUUCAACAACUUUCUUCUCAAGAACUUUUUGAAAGUAUUGUCAUAAAUCUUUAUCCUAAUAAAGUGUAUUAUUUUUAACAGACUGUGGCAGCAGUAAUUUUAAGUUUUAGCACCAUAGGCAGUACCAAUCCACAAAUUUAAACCCCCAAAAGGUAUUACAAGCAUCCCCGUCACUAAUAUCUGGGAGUACCCUCCCCGAGAGAGAUUAAGCUGCUAAAAUCAUGAAAAGACAAAAAAAUUUGAAGAAGACACCUUUGCCUUUUAAUGUGUUUGAUUCUUGUAUUAGAAAUGGUGACAGUACCCAACACUCCACGGUCAUCCAAUCAAGACUCAUCAGUGGAUGUUGAAUUGGAUACAAAUUACCUUAAAAUGGCAAAGAAAGGUGGUGGGCAUAAAGGUAAACUCAUUAACCAAGACUGUGCUUUAGCAGUGUCUGGUGUCUCCUGACGCCUCUUUUUGCCUCCGGGCAACUAGAAAGACUUGUUUUUUUGCACAAAAAUCACAAGGCUGUGCUCUAAGGAAAAUUGUAGGGAGCCCAGUGCUCUGCAACUGGAAAAAUUAGGGUGCUCAGCAUAUGAUUUGUGUGACAAAUCUGAGAUUUUCUAGUUGCCCAAGGGGCCACCGGGCUCUGCUAGAGACAGCCCUGAAUUACCGGUAUACACUAGGCACCCUGGAGUUCACAGGUUCAAAGUACAGGGCUCCCUCCAUUUUUUCUUCGAGCAAAGCCUUGUAAGCAUUUAUCAAGAACACAGUUAAGUUGUGCACAUACAUGCAAACAAUCCUGCACAUGUGGGAGUUAUUAGUAAGGACAUUAAUUUCAUGGUCCUUUUGGUAAGGCAUUGAACUGCUUGUAGUUUUGUCUGUUAGAUUGCCGUAAACAAGUAAUAAUAAUUUUAGAAAUUAAUGCUCUCUGUUUUCUUUGUCUUAUCCUGCAGAUCUGUUGAUGGUAGAACCCCAUACACCCACCCCAGAGCCAGUGAAGUACGACAAGAAAGAUGGACAGUGGUACACUCAUGAUGGAGUGGAUGUUGAAGACACGCAGCAACGGAAAGGUACAAAUAUAUUCUGGGAAAAGGGAAGUUCACUGAAAUGUAUAGAGGGUUCUCAUUGUGUUUUAAAGCAAGCAGCUUAGGAAUUUAAAAGUAGGUGGCUUGGUACACUGUAAUUGAGUGCUGUAGGUAAUUUAUCAUUUUUCCCCCAAAAGUAGAUGGCUCAAACCUCCAAGUAGGCGGUUUUUCAGCUGGCUGGCAGCACUUAAUGAGAGCCCUAGUAUGAGUUAUAUAGGAACUACUGUUAGCUUUGGAUUUGUUCUUGGAAUGGAUUUAAUUCCCAUCUCUUUUACACUUUGGCUUUAUUUUUCUUUAAUUCAGAAAUGGUGACAGUACCAAAGAGCCUGCGAUCAUCAAAUGCAGACUCUUCAGUAGACAUAGAAUUAGAUACAGACUACCUUAAGAUUGCCAAGAAAGGUGGUGGGCGCAAAGGUGAGUCUUCACCCGACUCUUAACCUUUUACACCCCAGUAGUGUCCAAAAUCAAUUUUCUCCUAAUGAUAUCCAUAGAUUGUCAAGAGCAAAGUCUACGAGAAUUAAUAAAAUGAUCUCAAAGAGAAAAAUCUUUAAUCUUUUAUCAAAUUCUCUCAACUAAUUCUUUAAGGAAAUGUAUGGAGAUCAGUUUGGAGAAUUUGUAUGUGGAUAUUGGGGCUUAAUGGAUUAAUCUAAAAAAUUGCAACUCAUAGUGUACACUAUAAUGUAUGAGUCUGGACUUGUGCCUGCCUAGAUGCAUAGUUACUUUAAAAAUGAAUUUAUUUCUUGUUAGAUCUACUGACUGUCACACCCCACUCACCUACCCCUGAGCCAGUGACAUAUGACAAGACAGAUGGACAGUGGUACACUCAUGAUGGAGUGGACAUUAAGGAGACGCAAUCAAGAAAAGGUAGUACAACUGAAUGAAGUGCCUGUAAUUAUGUAAAGCAGCAACACUGUUGUAUUAUAAUGUAUUAACAAGUGUGUGGCUUAAUGUCUUUGCUGCAGACAUUUUACUGUCUGCCGGCCAUCUGACUAGACUUUCUAAAAGUCCUAGUUGGUUUUCCCAUUUUAGGGGACAUUUUUUACCUGUUUGGUGCAAAAUUCACUGGUGGAAAAUUCCUCUGGCAACGUCAUGACAAAUUAUUGACCAAUAGGAGAGUGAGUGACAUUUCACGCCACUCCUGACAUAGCAUAUGUCAAUCAUCUUUUCCCAUGUGAACUUAUAAUAUUAUAUAAGGUCAUUCAGGUAAAACAAGUGGAUGUCGAGACUUUGUUGCUCGCUCAGUUGCUUGGCGACUUCAUUUAAUUGAAGUGUCAGAAAUUAUGAGGGGGGGGGUGGGAAUUUUAAAUUUGGGUUCAAAUGAGGUGACGAUCCCUGCAAUGGGAGCAAAUCUAACCAUCUGACAUACAUUAAAGGACUCAGUAAAAUGAAAAAUCUAGUUCUUGCUGUCCAGUGACCUGUUUUUUGUAAUGCUGAACUUUAAUGACAGCAUUAAGAGUCUGUUUUCUGGUUCACUCCUAUUUUUUUUUUUUUUUAAAAAUAAAGAACUUGUUUUUCUUUGGAUAUUAUCACGGACAAAUGACACUUUUUAACAAUUUUUCAUGAUAGUAUAAGUGCUUAUGAGAGGUCAACGUGUAGCAACUCUACCAUCUGACAUACAUUAAAGGACUCAGUAAAGAAAACUAGUCUGUCCUGACCUGCUGAACUAAUGUUUUUGGUUCACUUUUUUAGACUUGUCUUUGGAUAUUACUGACACUUUGAACAAUAAUGAUAGUAUAAGCGCCGCAGGAGGGAAGCCUACAGAAUACCUUAGUUUGGCCAAGAAAGGCGGUGGACACCAAGGUACUACUGUUUCCUUUAAGUCCCAAUAGUGACCAACAUCAAUUUUCUCCUAACCAUAUCCAUAGAUUGUCCAGAGAUUAGGUUAUAAGAAUUAAUAAAUUGAUCACCUAAGAGAAAAUGCCUUGAUGUUUUAUCAAAUUCUGUCAAGUAAUUCUUAAAGGAAAUGUAUGGAGAUCAGUUUGGACAAUUUGUAUGUGUAUAUUGAGGCUUAAUGGGUUAAUAAGUGACACAACUGCCACAACUGCUCUUUUCCGUAUGGCACAUACAUGUACACAACUGCCAUACAUGUAAGUAUUAUAAUCAUUCAGGAUGGGGAACAGCAUACAGGGGGAGAAGGUGUGGAAGGCACUUUUCUAUAAUAGCCCAUACACAACUGCUGUAUGUAUUAUAAUUAUAACCACUCAGGAUGGGAAGUGUGAGGGGGAAUGGGUGUGGAAGGCACUUUUUAUAUGGCCUGUAUAGAGACAUGCCCUUUGACUACCUAUUAUGGUUGUUUGGUCUCUUUGUUGUGAACAUUAAAUGUGAUUUUGUGCAAUCUUGUCCUUAGAGGACAAGAUUUUUUCAGAAAAAAAAAAACCAGGAUGUUAAAGCAGACUGCAGGGUUUAAAAAACAUUUGAAUUCCAGCUUGUGUGAUAGGCAUUCAGCUCUCACAUUUUGCCCUGGGCCUCUUCUUGCUCAUCUUAGUUAAUGAUUUAGUUACAAGAUGAGUUAACGAGUGAGUCCUUACUUUCCUUUGCAGCUUAACUAUAGCACUGUUGAUUAAAGAUCUCAUGAUGUCUUUUGAAUGUAAAAAGAAAAUAAGUUUUGUCAGAUCAUAAACUGAUGUCAUGUCUUCAGGUACUGUUUGGUAGACAGUAUACAUUUAGCAUCAUCUGAUGAACACUCCUUGUGUUCUAGAUCUGUUGACAGUAAAGGACUACAUCCCAUCCCCUGAACCACAGAAAUAUGAAAAGAAAGGAGGAGAGUGGUACAAUCAGGAUGAUAUGGUCAUCAAAAAUGGCCCACAGGGUAAGCACCUAAUCAUAAUAUUGAUUGGUAGUAAGAAUACUUAGUUCCACCCCCCCACCCAUAAAUCCCAACCACCCCCCCCCCUCCCCCUGCAUGCAGGUGAAGUGUAAACUGCUCUUAAACAUUAUUAACUAUUAAUUCUCAUUGGUGGUAUCAAUACGUAGUUUCCUUGCCAGGGUUCCAGUUGCACAUCCCCUCUCCUGGAAAUUCCUAGCCCCCCCUCCCUCUCACUGGUGAACUGUGCAUGCACAUGGGCACACAACAGUGCCCCUUGCGUCACAACAAAAUUCAAUUUUCGUUUUUAGAGCCUCCUGCUGGUUAAAAAUAGCAAGCAUAAAUUAUUUUAUGGUAAUGAAAACUUAUGGUCAUUUGAAUAAUUAACAGUGUUUUAGCACAUCCCACACACACAGACACAAAAUCAUUUUAUACUUCAGUCUACCUAUAGAUCUCUUAUUUUCUUGGAUGCUAUUAUUUUAAUUUCAUGCAAGAGAAUAGUAUUACCCUUCAAGCAGAGGUUUCUGUCUCGCAUGGCUUUUAGCAUUUGUUACAAGGAACGCGAAUGACUUUGUAAUUACUGAAAGCCAUGCCAGAAAGAAACCUCUGCUUGAAGGGUAGAGAAUAAUAAUCAUGGCCAUAAUUUUUUAAAUCCAAAUAUUAUGGUUGAAAUUUAUUUUUGGUUGAUUAUUGUGUAUUAAAAUGAUGUCCCUUUGUUUAGUACCCGUUAUGCUAUCGUAUGUUUUUAUGGACAAAGAUAACAGGAAGUAAAAAUUGAAUGAAGGAUAAAAUUAAUUAACACUUUACAACACUUACGCCUGUAUUGUGGGGUAAAUUUUAAGCUUCUGGUUCUGGAAAAGUUUUGUGCGCUCCAAUAUCAGUAUUAAAUUUAUGAGAAUGGAUGUUUUAAUUUCUUGGAAUAUUUUCAUCCUUAAUACCAAAGACUUGAUGUUUCAUUUUUAAAAUUAUUACUUUUAAUAAUAUUUCAGCUUCAAGUUAACUGAUCAUUUUUAGAGUUUAAGGAACAUGCUCUUGGUUUUCUGCUUACCAAAUCCACAACAGGAAGUGAAAUAAUAUUCUUACAAAACUCCUUAAAUUAUGAUCUUUCCUACUUAUUUACAUGCAGUGUAUCGUACUUCAUGGCAUGUGCUGAAGUUUUUAAGAAAAAAAUCCAUUAUCAUUCUUCCACAUUUGUUUUGGAUCCUGGGUAACAGCAUAAAUAAAAUUAGUAAUGAAUAAUAAUAUUUUACAGGUGCAAUGUGAGAGAAACAACCACAUUCUAUUCUGUUUAUUUAUUUUAUAGUUCUUGAGAGAUGUCCGUGUUUAAAACAGUAAUUUUACACUGUGUAACUGCAGUUUUUUGUUGGUUUACUUCCUCCAUGUAUCAGUCAGGGUUGCAUGACAUUUUACUUGUGCAAAGCAUUUUCGUGUUAAGUAGAUGAUACGUUCUGGCACUCCUGUAUUGUGCUAUAUUUUAUUCAAAUGGGCUCAAGAUUUUAUUUUACAAUGUUUUCCAUAUCAUUAUGAUAUUAGUUAAAGUUAUUGAUUAUUGUGAAUGUGCAAAAGAAAAAUCAAAGUUUUAAAAGUUUUCUUGACAUCUAGCAAAGUUUGAGUUCCUGUAACUCUUGCAGUUCGCGAUUGUGCAUAAUAAUGACUAUUAUGAAAAUUAUAAUAAUUUUUAAUCAGAAAUGUGACAAAAGCUCCAUUAAACCAUUAAAUGAAUUUAAAUUCUCAAUGUAUUUCUCACACAAUGGAAGCUCAAGGUAGGUUAAACACAUCACUUGCAAAAGUUUUGUAAGUUUGAAAUCCAACUUGAUAACCAUCCUCUUGAAUUGAUCUUUAAAAGAAAAAGCUGACUGAUUUCUUUGUACAGUUUGUUUUCAAUAACUGCAGUUACUGUGAUAAAAAUUGGUCCAAAUGACACAUAUAGUUUCAGCAGGAUGAUAUUGAAUUGAAAAGAAAGUGGUUUCAAUAAUUAUAAUGCAUCUAAUCUUGUUUAGCAAAGAAGGUUUUUAGUUUUACCACUGCUCACAGUCAUUAGUGCUUAACAUGCUAAUAAAACCAAAUUUGAACAGACCUUAUGUUUAAGUGUGAAUGAUGGGGAAGCAGAGUCUGAUCAAGUGAAAUGAGUUAUAUGAAAUAUGACAUCGUAACAAUAACCCUUCUACUUGGUGAUGGUGAAAGUUGUAGUCAUCUGAAUGAUGCUCCUAGAUCAUGUGAAGUUAUGUCAAGAUUUUUUCUUGCUAACUUUUAUGUCAGUGCACAAAAUUCUAUGGCCACAUUUGGUAGCAGGUACGUGUUCUUACGACUGUGUCAGCCUUUCACAUUAUGUAUCAUUAUCAUUAACUCUUUCAUAUCAUGCCAAGUGUGGCCAAAGACAAAUUCUACGAGUUUUUCAAGGGUUUCAUAUUUCCAAAGUACUGCCAAAGAGGUUUGAAUGGUCACACUUUAGGAUUUCAUUCACAGACUCAAAAGUUAGAACCACCUUGUACAGCGUAAUAAACAGUACCACAGGAAAGUACUGCUCAGUAGCUUUCAUUUGAAUGGUCACACUUUAGGAUUUCAUUCACAGACUCAAAAGCUAGAACCAGCUUGAAUUGUACAGCAUAAUAAACAUUACCACAGGAAAGUGCUGCUCAGUAGCAUACAUUACUGAUCACACUUGAGCAUUUUAUCCACAGACUCAGAAGUGAGACCAACCUUGUACAGCAUGAUCAACAGUACCACGGGAAAGUACUGUAAAAUUCUGAAAAUAAGCCCCGGGGCUUAUAUUUUUCAAAGGCCCUUUUUGGGGGGCUUAUAUUCGGAGGGGCUUAUCUAUGGGGGAAAUUUGCAUUUCAAAAUAUGGAAGGAAAUUUACCGUUUUUGCUUUCUUUUGCUUUGUAUUUGAGGGAAAUUUUCCAAGUACAAGCCCCCAGGGGGCUUAUAUUUGUUUUUUGCAUUACCGGUUUGGGGGACUUAUAUUUGGAGGGGCUUAUACAUGGAGGGGCUUAUUUUUGGAAUUUUACGGUACUGCUCAGUAGCUGUCAUUUAAAUGGUCUUACUUAAGCAUUUCAUUCACAAACUCAAGGUGUUCAUUACGCAUUGGAGAUCAAAGAAUUCUCCAUUUACUACUCAGAAUUCUCCAGCUAAAGUUUAGUUAAGCCUAUAAUGACUGUUUUUUUAUUCAGAGGUGGAGCCUCUUUCAAACAUACUUCUAAUAAUUUGUCUUUGUAGCAAUAUUGUUCAUUGUAAGUGUAUUGCGAGUAAUAGUUUUGUAAAGUCAAAAAAAAAUUGUCAAAGGAACGAAAAGUGCAAAGUUUACUUCUUCUUUCAGAUACUGGUGAAGUCAAGAAACGUCACAGAACAUAUAGUGAUUCAACAGCUAAUUGCACGGCUGAAACAGAGUACCUGAGAACAGCAAGACUUGGUGGAGGACAUAAGGGUAUAUAAAGUUGUUAACAUUUUAAGUCCCAAUAUCCACAUACAAAUUCUUUAAACUGGUCUCCAUACAUUUCCUUGAAGAAUUAUUUGAGAGAAUUUGGUAAACAAUCAAAUAUUUUUCUCUUUGUGAUCAUUUUGUUAAUUCUCAUAGACUUUGCUCAUGAUAGUCUAUGGAUAUCGUUAGGAGAAAAUUGAUCUUGAGCACUAUUGGGACUUAAAGGGUUAAUGUUAUCAUGGAUGUGAUCCUUUCUCUAUGAAAAAAUUGUAUGCAAUGACUCUGUGCAGGGAAUACCACCUACAAUGUACCAGUAAUUCCCCCACCCCUACAACCCUCCAGGAUUUUCAUAUCUUAAAAACAGUAAUGAUGUGGGUCAUCAUUCUGAUGCUAUGAUCAGUAAUAAGUACUUUGGCCAACAGGUGUUGUCACAACCUGUAAGAUAUUAACUUCCUGUAUGACCCUUUCCCUCAUGAGACCUUUUUCCAUUUAGUGACUUUGUUAGGGUUAUUGAUCUGAUCUUGAUGCAAGGCUGUGCUCUAAGGAAAAUUAAAGGGAGCCCAGUGCUCUGAAACUGUAAAAUCUAUAGGUUACCCAGCAUAUGAUUUGUAUGAAAAAUCUGACAUUUUCUAGUCGCCCAAGGGCAAAAGUUAGGCGCCAGGGGCCACCGGGCUCUGCUAGAGCACAGCCCUCUGAUGUUGUUGAUGCCUUUGCCCACUAACAUCUGAAUGGGUCUCAGAAAUUUUGAGCCUAUCUCACAUUGUCAAAGGUAGUCGCAAUCAUGAGUCUGAAGGCGUAGAGAUUUCAACAGUGUUCUUGAUGAGUCCCAGAGCUUACCAUCCACCCCUAACAGAGGUUAAAGCCAGUUUAAAGUACAGGGAACAGUCUGUUUGCCCAUCAAACAACUUUCCAUAAAAACCUGUCAACUUAUUAACAGGUUUGCUUACUUUCUUCUUGCUGGCUCUCCUGUAAAAGAGCUCUUAAAGGCACUUUGCUGACAUGCACGUUGUGUAUAAAAUGUGUUCUCUGAUAAUCAGCAUGGUCUCUAUUUCCAUUGUAGAUCUUCUAAUGGUAGAACCCCACACCCCCACCCCUGAACCAGUGCAGUAUGACAAGAAGGAUGGACAGUGGUAUGGUCAUGAUGGAGUGGAUGUGAAAGACACUCAGGAAAGAAAAGGUAAUAGAGAGUUAUUACGUCAAGUUUGUGAAAUAAAUUAGGAUUUCUCUUAUGUAAAUGUGUGCUUGCCUAUAUUGCAAUGAUUAUUUCUUUCAGGAAAUAUCCAUAGUACACGCUAAGUACAACAGGGUUAAAGUAUGAACCUAAACUCAAGGUUUACUGAAAUGAAUUGGAAUUUCCCUUACACAAAUGUGUGCAUGCCUAUAUUGUAGUGAUUCUUUCUUUCAGGAAAUAUCCAUAGUACGUACACACUAAGUUCAACAGGGUUAAAGGGGUAAGGGGUUGAAACCAAUAAAUUAACACCUCUGGGUAUGCAUAUCUUCUCGAGCUUUGCCUGGUGUGCUAAAGAAUGUGGUGCAAGAUAUAUUUAGGCGCAAUAUUGCAAGGCAGUGAAAAGCCAAAGGCAAUCAAUAAAUUAAUAAAAAAAUAACAUUUGGCUGAAAACACUCCUACCUGAAUGCAAACUGAUGACAGUAUUUUCAAUGUAACUAGAGUUGUUGUCUUGUUAUAUAUAUAUAUAUGUUGUUUAUUCUCUUGUAGAAAUGGUAACAUUGCCUAACAGUCCACGCAAGUCAGCUGCUGGCAACUCUGUCAUUGAUAUUGAAACAGACACAGAUUAUCUCAAAAUUGCCAAGAAAGGUGGAGGACAUAAAGGUAAAUGAUGUUCUAAUCAGGGUUUAUGUCAGAAAAUUAAAAACUGAACAUUUGCUUUAAUUUACUCUCCAAAAGCUUGCCAUCCACAGGACACCCACUUACUCAGCUGGCUAAAAUCCUCUUUCAGUGUUUGGGGAGGGGGUGUCGAAAUAUUUGCUGCUGGCCAUUUAAUCAGUAAAAAUUUAAGUGUGGUUAAACUGUUUUUGGUCUACCAUUCUGCCUCUUUUUGUUCUUUUCUUUGUGUCUCACUUCUUGGGGCUUUCGUUUUUCUUUCAGAUCUGUUGUCAAUAGAACACCACACUCCCACCCCAGAGAAAGUGACAUACGACAAGACGGACGGACAGUGGUACACACAUGAUGGAGUGGAUGUCAAGGAGACACAGCAAAGACUAGGUGAGAAAGGGCAGUGACAUGUGGUAUGUUACAGAUCUCCAGGCUACUUAACUGUUAAUAGUGGUCAAGAAAAUUUUAUUUUUCAUUUUUGUAAAAUCCUAAGAAAUUAAUAGUACAAACGGAUUUCAUUUGAAUGGUAAUUCCAUUCCAUCCACCAUUCACAGAUCCCCCCCUCCAACUAAAUUCAUUGUCACAGCUUUUCUUUUGAUCAAGAACUUGAUUUUUUUGUAUCAUAUUAUUCUUAGUGAAAAUUUUCAGUCAUGUUAUAAUGGCAAACCAAAAAAUCAAUUGGUAUUGACAUUCAUCAGUAUGUAGGUGGAUGUGUACGUGUAGCUGAAGUGAUUAAAUGUCAAUUUUAUAAAAUUGAGGACUCAAUAUAAUUAUUAUCUAUUUGUAGACUUGUCGGUAAGUAUUAAUGGUUCUGAAAGUAGUGAUGUCACAGCAGCAGGAGCAAAUUGUGGCGAGUACUUGAAGCUGGCAAAGAAAGGUGGAGGACAUGAUGGUGAGAUUAAGCUUUGGUUUUGUUACAUACCAGUGCAUCCAUCUUAAAAAUUAAUAGCCAUAUACCUAGAGAAACUCUGUAACUGAGCUGCCAACAGUCACCUCAUUGUUCAAACAGAGAUCUGAAUUGAAUACCAAUGAUAAUAGGCCACUUGCACGAUGAUGUCAUUUGACUACUAAGAUGAUGAUGAUGAUGAUGAUGAACUUUAUUCAUGUGUCGAUGUAUUUAGCUGACGCUAAUUGGGGACACAACAUAAAGAUAAAAUAAAUAAUGAAUAAUUAUGAUAAAUAAAAGAUAAGAAAUAAAAAAGCUAUUAAAGAAGUUAUAGUAUAAUCCUAUAUAUAUUAUAUUACAUUUACAAUAUGCUAAAAUAAUCAAAACAAUAUUAUUCUAGGAACACAGGCACAACUUAAGAGGUACAAAUUACGCACACGGAGCAAUUGUUGCCAUUUAUCAGUUCAGUAAGAUCCCUACAUCUAAUAUGAAACUUAAACCUAGAUAGGCUGCUCAUUUCAGUGAUGUUUUUAAGACCAGAAUUCUUCAGGGUUUUGCUUUGUUGUGCAGAUUAGGGGUCUUGUUAUUUAAACCUCGCUGGGAUUACCAAAUUUGAAUAUGAAAGGAAAAACAAAAAGGAUUCUGGUCAUAGUAGUAAAAUGACACCAUCUUGUAAAUGGCCUGUUGAAUGAGCAUUCUUAUGCAGCUAAUCAAAACGAAGAUCAUUCCAUCCACCUACUUAAGAUUUUAUGUCAACCAAUUCCAACAAUUAAGCUUGGCUUGUGAACCCCGCGUCACUCUUUUCAAAGAGUUUCUGUCUUGGAAUUUGUAAUGUUAACUGACUCUACUUCUUAAUGUUGAAGUCCCAGAGACUGAUUGCAGUAAUAUUAUGAGCAUGUCUUAAUUUGUUAAGUUUGCUAUUUAGAGGAUUAUUGAUUUGUUCAACUUUCCAUGAAACAGAUCUGUUGACAUUGACACCCCACACCCCCACCCCUGAACCAGUGAGGUAUGACAAGAAGGACGGUCAGUGGUACACUCAUGAUGGAGUGGAUGUUAAAGAUACGCAGUCAAGGAAAGGUGUGUUCUCUACAGGCAGUUUUCAAAAUAAUUUCUCCAAUUUUGUCUCUUUAUUUCUAUAAGAAUAAUAUUGGGGCUUCAUCUGCCAAUGGAAAUCUUGAGUUGCUCUUGGGUUUGAUUGUUAGCUGUAAAGUUAUGGUCAGUAGUUUUGAUUUUGGUCAAUUUGAUUUGGAUUUCCUUCAGAGAUGGUGACAGUUGCCGCCAGUCCACGUCCAUCAAGUGCCGACAGCUCCAUAGACAUUAACACAGAUACAGAGUACCUUCAGAUUGCAAAGAAAGGUGGAGGACACAAAGGUACUGAAGUAAAACAGAAGCUUUAAUCAGCUUAAAUUGAUCCGUCACAAGGAUUAAGGUUUGGUCUCUGAGUUGAAGAAAGGGAUAUGAUGGGGAAAUUGUUUCUGGGAUAAGAAGUAGCCUUCAUGGGCAACAGCCAAAACCCUUCAUCCUUGUAGAUGUCUACCCCUGCAUGGUUACUGACUCUAAAUAAAAGCUUCUUAAAGUGUCAACAUUUUCUUGCACUCAGUUUUCUUGCACUCGGCUUAUCCAAUAGAUUUUAGCAACAGCGUAAUCUUCCCGUGAAUGUGAUCAUAGCAAAAAAAAUCUAAUGCAAUUGUUUUUUAACCAGUAAAAAUUUUGAAUCUUUAAAUAUCUAACACUGUUUUUUUAUCCAUCAUCUUAUCCUUUUUUGUGCCACUCAGAUUAUUGAAUAUUUUCUUCCCAGAUCUGCUGACAAUAGACCACCACACACCCACCCCAGAGAAAGUGACAUAUGACAAGACAGACGGUCAGUGGUAUGCACAUGAUGGAGUGGAUAUCAGGGAGACACAAUCAAGGAAAGGUAUUUCUCCGACUCAUAAAUAAUUCAAAACUUGAUAACAAAGAAAAUCAUGCACAGUGAUGAGGGGUUGUGGUAAUAAAAGAUUAAAAAGAGAAAAAGUUAUCCCGAAAAGUAAUGACCCUCAUUAUUGUUGUGAGUAGCAGCUCUAUGGAUCUUUACUUUGUGGGAAUGUUUGCUUUGGGUGUUCAUCAAAAGGGGCUGAAUUUUACCCAGUUUAUAAUUUUCCCAGUUUACUCAAUGUGAUGCAAAACUUAUGUGCCACCGUUACACACCACUAAAAACAACACUUGACAAAUAUCAUGUUAAUGGCAAGAUCGACUGUAACUUUCUUCAUAUUACUUGAGUGUUAGUAUUCAGUGUGUCACAGUUUAACAGAACGUGUUGUUUGCUUUCUAGAAACAAUGGUUUCAGUUGACAAGCAGAAGAAUGUAGAGCAUGUGGUGGCUGCCGGAGGAAAUAAUACAGAAUACCUGGAUUUGGCAAAGAAAGGCGGAGGUCAUAAAGGUGAAUGGAAUGAUUUUUUCCUUCGAUAUCCACAAAAAGUGUUGUCACUGCUAGAAACUGAACCUAGGCCACACUUCGAUACUCUUCCACUCUUCUUUCUCGGAGUAUGAGGUGAUCAGUGAGCAAACAGUUCUUUUCUUGUAUUCAUCUUUGAUAGAUAGAGAUAGAUAUUCUGUUUAUUUCACCCACUUGUAGCAAUAACUGAAUUUUUGCGGAAGGUCAUUGUCACAUACAAUUAACCAGUUACAUACAUUCACUGAAAUUUAUGUUACAGUAAUUAAUUUAUAAUUUUAUAAGUUGCAGUAAGUCUUACUGUAGUUCUAUUUUUUGUUGUUCCAGAUCUGCUGACAAUAGACUACCAUACCCCCACCCCUGAGCCAGUGACAUAUGACAAGAGAGAUGGCCAGUGGUACUCUCAUGAUGGAGUGGAUGUCAAGGAGACUCAACAAAGGAAAGGUGUGUUUUAGUGAGUCAAUGACCUAAAUAGGUUGCCCUGUGUUUUGUUUGUAUACCUGAUUAAGUGUUUCCUGAACAAUAAGUUUGGGUUUAGUUUUACAGGCAAUUCUCUCUAAGAUGGACACCUUUGGGACCGGCACCAAGUGUCCGUCUUAGAGAGGUGUCCGUCUUAUAGAGAGUCAAAUAAAAGGAGUAAAGAAAGGCAGAGACCAACUGUAGAUGUCCGUUUUACAGAGGUAUCUGUCUUAUAGAGGUGUCUGUUAAGAGAGAGUCGACUGUACUACUCUGUACUGUGUAGCAUUUACAUAGAUGUCUUGAUUGUUUUCCUUGUAGAAACAAUGGUGUCAGUGGAUAAGCAGAAGAACGUAGAAAAUUUAGUGGCUGCCGGAGGCAAUAACACAGACUACCUUCAGUUAGCAAAGAAAGGAGGGGGACAUCAUGGUAAAAUAAUUUCCUAAAAUCCUAUAUUUAUUCCAAAAUUCCAUUAUUAUGACCACCAAAGUGCCAAGAAAAUACUGGUCAUUUGAGUGGAAAUAUUCUAUCUUAAGUUCUUUAAUAACAAGGUUUUCAGAUGUAUUACUCUUAGGCAAAAAGAUUCCUUUUGUAAGUACCGUUUUUUAGCAUAAUUGAUCAAUCAACGAAAAAUUAAUCCCUAAAUCUGACAACUCAACAUUUUCUUUUGUCAGAUCUAUUGACUAUAGAGCACCAUACACCCACCCCAGAGAUAGUUACUUAUGACAAGACAGAUGGACAAUGGUAUGGUCAUGACGGAGUUGAUAUCAGGGAGACGCAAUCAAGAAGAGGUGUGUAGAAGGAGCUGGAAUUCGUUGUAAUAUCCUGGUACUGUAUUUAUUGUGUUAUUAUUGUAAUAGGCUUCAGAUCAGAUAACCAUUCAAUGAAACAAAGCACGGGUCAUGAUUAAUGUGACGUGGAACAUGACUAAACAAGCACAGGUCAUGGUGGGUUCUUAAGAGGCUUGCAUCAAAUUUUAAAAAAAUACUUUCAAUGAUUUGGUUUUUUUUUUCUUUAGAUUUGUCAUCCACCCUUGAGAGUAUUCCUGAGGACUUGCCUGCAGCAGGAGAGAAAAAAGGAGAAUAUCUUGAGGUGGCCAGAAAAGGAGGACAUAAAGGCUAGUUGGAUUAUUUGUAUAGCAAAGGGGCUCUUAGUUAUAAAAGAAACCGCAUUUUCCUUCCUAGCCUCCCACUGCAACGUUCCUUCAUAUAGCAUAACAAUCCCUCUCCCCACCCCCCCUUCACUACCUAGUCAUCAAGUUGUGCGAAUUUGCAACUUAUAAAGCAUACUCAUUCAAACGUUUGGUUGUGUGUUGAUAGAUCUGUUAACAUUAACACCCCACACCCCAACCCCUGAACGAGUGAGUUAUGACAAGAAGGAUGGACAGUGGUACACACAUGAUGGAGUGGAUGUUAAGGAGACCCAGGCAAGGAGAGGUAAGUAAUGUUGUUACUAAAUAGUAUUGUAGUUGAGACUGAAAUCUUUCAUGAUCCAAAAAUGGUUAUGAUCGUGGCUGGAUUAGGUCACUCAACAGAGCCCUGCAGCAUAGAUUAGGAGCUCACUGUUUCAAACCCUGGGGAUGGAUUAAAUACUUAAGACUGAAGGAGAAAGUCUUUUUACUACGAAAAACAGCUAGACCUCAUGUUGGCACGGAGGAAGAUGUUGGAGAAGUAGUGGUCCCAUCUUCUACAAGAGACAUAAAAGAAGUUUCCUUCCUCAUCCAUGGCAAUCACCACCUCACCUAUCCUCUUUGCUCUUUGUGGCACUUAAGGAUUCCACAGCGUAUUGCCAGUUUUGUCAGUUAGCUGCCGUUGUCUUCACUUUGUCCCUGCUCUCUUCCUUUCCCUCUUUUUCAACUGUGUGCCUCCAAGCAGUCUUUGUUUUCUUUUUCCAUCUGGAGCCUGGGUCAAUGCUAUGUUCCAGUUGCUGUUUUUGUUGUGACUUUGCAGAGGUGGAUCCAGGGGAGGUGCCCCCCCUUAUUUUUAGACCAAACUGAAAAAAAAUUUUUUGGAGACCGCCCCCCCCCCCCCUUAUCUAAGGGUCUGGAUGACCCCCCCCUUAUCUCAAGGUCUGGAUCCGGCACUGCUUUGUUCCAAAUUUAUUAAAUAUAUUGUUAUGUUCUUGUCUAGAAAUGGUGACAGUGGCCAGUAGUCCUCGUCCAUCAAGUGCAGCAGAAGUUGAAACAGAUACAGAGUAUCUUAAGACUGCAAGGAAAGGCGGUGGACACAAAGGUUGGUUAGAGUAUGAAUUUGGAAUAAACGUUUACACUAGGCACAUGUUGUAGUUGUGUCCAGUUGCAGUGGAGCCCUUAAAUAAUGCAAAAACAAGAGACUGGAUAAAGUAUUGUUGUUUUGCCAUUUUAAGGGUGCUUUCAGGACUGGGUUGGUGAUGUUUUCAUCGAACUACAGUCAAACUCUGCUUUACGGACACUCGCUUCAUAUGAACUCCUCAUUAUUUCAGACAGUUUGUUCUGUCCCUAGGGAAAUGAAGCCCUUACACUUUAUCUUAAUUCAACCCGUUUACUGCAUACACCCUGUUCAUAUGGACACUUUCUAUGGCCACAUCACUCAGUGUCUGUAUUGACAGGUUUUGACUGUAUGUUUUUGUUCGGGGGACAAAUUUUAAGCCAGUUUCUUGACAAUGUGGUAAUAGCCAAUGCAAUAGCGUCCCCAAAGGGUUCCUACUUGGUAGUUAAACAGAACACAACCUCAAAAUGGCCGAUGACACACGGUUAUACAUGUGGGGCCCUGCUCCAUACGUUUGACUGUAAUGUGGGUUUUGUCAUAUGGUGGUUUUAUUGUAAUUGCAACUGAAGGGAUGGCCAUUAAUUUGGUGCAAUUGAUUAUGGUCAACUUACCUAGUAUAUGUUAAUUUACCUUUUCGUUUGGUUCUUUGUUACGUAAUGAAGACCAUGAUCAACUAGAAAUCCGAUUUUCUAUUGCAUUGGACACAUUGGAAGAAAGAGCAAAAGAGAGGUUGUAAAUCUUCAGUUACGACUGAAGGUGAUUUGACACAGUCAUAUGCAACUUUUCCUGUGUCCAACUACUUCAAUAUUCCCAACCAUUUUAUUCUCAAAUCAUGCUUUCAUAAAAACUGAAACGUUUUGGGUAACGAUUGUGCAAUCUCUUUUAAUCGCAUCCAUUUGUUGUUGUCACUGUGCUGGUAAAUGACUAUGAAAUGACUUAUUAUUGGGUUGUUUAAUUCUUUUUCGAAGAUCUACUGACCGUUACGCCUCACACACCCACCUCUGAACCAGUAAAGGUAGAUAAGACAGAUGGACAGUGGUACACACAUGAUGGAGUGGACGUCAAAGAGACACAGUCUAGGAAAGGUAAGUUUCUUUUAGUAACGUCCUGUAGGAAAAACGUGUAGCUUUGAUAGUAUCCCAACCAAGUGGUGAAAGUGUUUGCUUACAAGCUUUCGUAACCCUUUAAGCCCUAAGAGUGAUCAGCAUCAAAUUUCUCCCUGUAAUAUCAAUGCUUUGUAAAAAGAGUGGUCAUGAGAAUUAUGGACAUGAUCACACAUGAAUUUGCUAGAUAUUUUAUCAACUUCUCCCCACUACUUCUGUAGGAAAUGAAUAUGGGGCAACAAAUGAGAAUUCAAAUUUUGAUCUAAGGGUUUAAAUGGUUAAAAAUAUUCUCGCCAAAGAUUGCCAUUAAGAGGGAGUGUACGUCAAGGUGAACUAUGAAACAAGGGGCUGCGACAAUUGCUUUGAUGCUACAGACCCGUUCAAUUCUUGCAGCAACCCUGGCAAAUUUAAAAAUCUCAAUAAUAAUAAUGUAAAACACGUUACAAAGUUUCAGAGGAGGGAGGUUGGGGCACCGUUGUCAUCCUACUGAUCCUGCUACUUGAUUCAAGCAGACGUAAGAUGAAAAUGAUUGCUCAGAAAAUGUCGAAGUUCUGUCACAAUGGCAAUGCUAAUUUUAAUAAAAGAACUGUAAUAGUUUACAGAAUUAUUAAUCAUCCCUUGUUUUUGUAGAA